AUGGAGGUCCUCUUCUACGUGAUCGCAAAUGGCUGCUUUUUGUUGGCAGGAAUUAUGCUGCUCUUCGAAAAGCAUAGGAUGACGGAGAAAAGCGACCAAUGGAGCAAACCACAGGAAGUCAUGGCUGCUAGAGAUACACAGGCACAACUUCUGAGGGUUUUUUCUGUUCUAUUUUGAUACCAACUUCGCAAUACUAGUGAACUUCACUUUCACAUACACGCCCAAUACCUUGAAAAUUAUUCUCAGGGUCCAAUUUCAACAAAGUCCAACACGACUCACCAAAUAUAUUCUCUACCACACAAUCACAAUCACAAUCACAAUCACCAGAUAAUGUUUUUUAUCGGAACCCUCUUGCGAUUUUAUUGGAGUGCUAGUCCGCCAGCAGUCUGGUCGAACGAGUCCGACCUCGUCAAGAUUCUCUGCAAAUUAGACAUCACCAUGUCGCCAAUUGUACCAUACAGAUUAUGUUUGUUGCUUGGCUGGUGUGUUUCAAUGGAAAUACUUCUUCUUGGCUGAUGCGGCUGAGGCUAGACAAAGUUAUCAUCUACCAAGUUAGUACCCGCCACAUCAGACGUCUUUUUGUUUCUAAGUGUAUGUGCGAUGUCCUUUCGUUGAUUUCUUCAAAAAAGUCGUCUUGUCCCUCUCGCAGGUAUGGGGAGCAGUGUGCUGGCAUGUGGCACGCAAUCAGCUGAAGUACACACAAUCCUUGAGAAUAGGUCUUGGCAGUGGACAGAGUAUUCCUUUGAACUGGGCGGCCCUCACGGUGAUCACAUACUUUAUGGGCAGAUAAGUACUCGAAAUCUUGAAGUGACCGAGUUGCUGACCGAAAUAAGACAGCUAGCUUAUUUCAGUUUUGGAAUUAGCUGGUGCAGUGAGAUUCCCAUGCUUUUUAACCUUGUAAAAGAAGCACAAGUCAUCUUCAUGUGGACCAUGAUCAUGUAUUUUGAAGAGCUGAUAAAUUGCAUCUUCUAAUCAUUUCUUCUCGAUCCUGUUGCACCACUUAAACCCUCCAGUCAAGAGCUGGACCGGUGAUAUCCACAACGAGCCUUGGCCAAUGGCGGACGUUUCAGUUGUGUGGAACAUGACCCUCGAUUGCGUGGCUAUGGUAUUUCUAUUUGCAUCUUCAUUACUACUACAACUUACUACAACUCCUCCUAAUCAUGCAGUUCCCCUUUCAUCCUGCUUGUCAUCGUUUCUCUCUUCAAUUCGCUUUUAGACCGUUUCCGUUCACUCAGACACAGUAGACUCAGAGAUAACAUUUGUCAUGUUAAUAUCAGAUCAAUCAAUCACGAGAUAACACGUAGUCAUAGACACAGACUCAGAGAUAACACAUCAAUCCGUCAGUCAGUCAAUCAAUAAAUAUGUUGUCGCUCAUCGUGGUCUUUUAAUACCGUUCUAGUUUUUCUACUAAUAUUCACAAGCAGCUCCUCAACCUCAUGACACCAACAGCCUCUCAACAAUCCUACCCUCCCCUCUUCUCAGUUUCCGCAGUUGUACGUGAUCUAUAAGACGGACGAGCGAGUAUCAGACGGAGCCGCGAACUUUGUCGGAACUCUAUGCGUUUCCAGAGUUUUACGCAUGUUCGCUUGGGGCCACAUCAUCUACACUGCCUGUAUGAUUUUCUUGCUGAGAUACAUGAAACUAGAAGAAGAUUUGAAUGAAUAAAUAUCAUUCUUGUUGUUCUGGUUUAAUAUGCUUCAGACCAGAAUUCUGUGAUGCAACCAUCUUCAACGUCCAACUUUCGCUCUGUCUCACGAUGACUGAUGUAAGGUCAAUAUUAUACUGUUGGUGCUGAUAUAGAUAUUGCCAUCACUUUCACCUUGUAAUCUUCUACGGUGAUCACGAAUGGUAAUAUCAGGAGCAGACACAUGACAUCACCUUGUAAUCUUCUAUCCAUGACCUUAUGUACUCCAUCAACCUAUCCACCAUCAGGGGUCCGCGCUGUGGAGGUUCCGGCAUUCUUAUGGUGCUACGUCUUGCCAGAUGCACUACACACGGUUUUGAUGGGCAACUACCUCGUUCUCUUUCUGCAGAAAGUAAAGAGCACCUUCGUCGCGUGGGGUAACGCUGCUGAAGAAAUUGUCUAAAAAUUGAUUUAUCGGUGUAGGGAAUUCAUGUCCCAAGUCAUCUGGAAGAAGAAAACAAGAAGAAAAAGCGAGCCAGAUGAUUCCUAAGAUGAAUUUCCUAGACCUCCUAAUUAAUUCGUUGAUCGACUACGACCAUGGAUCGUUGUGUUUAAAUACUCUAGAGAUAUGAAUCAAUCAAAAAUAAAAUCAGUGAUAUAUUAUAAUUAGCUAUGGUACUAUUAUUCUCAACAAGAACAAGGUUCGUUGUUGUUGUUGAAAACAGUUCUUUUGCCUCAAUAUUAUGAAAUAUAACUGCUCAAUAAACAGAAAGCAAGUCGGAGGCGAACUCUCCUUGGUGCUGGUAUUCAGAUCCCUAACACAAAGCCAGGAAUAAAUAGUCCUGCUUUCCGUCCUUUUCGAUCAAUUAUGUAACAAAUGUGCUCGCAUAGUGUGAAUGUAGGUAAGUGGGUGAUAUAUCGAUUGUUCUUGCGUAGUAGAACUAGAAGUGAUACAAAAAACGAAUAAUGACGAUUAUCUUCAACAGCAGCAGGUUCCCCCGUACAGAAGUUAUUUCUGUUCUGAGGUACAGGUAGCUUAGCACUAGAACCGGCCAUCUAGCGGUAAAAUUAAAUCGCACGCACGUGACAACUUCUUUUUUUCGUUGUGGUGGUGCCCAAAUUAAAUAAGCCAGGCUGUAUCUGAGGGAGCGUGCAGAUUUCUCCAGUGGAGCCUAGCAAGGUCCUGUCCGUAUCUCUUGAUUGAUAGCAUCACUUUGCGUGAUGAUCAAUACUCCUUCACCAUCGAAAAGCUACGAAACACCUUCGUGUCUUAUGUAGUAUUCACAAUUAGCGAGGAUUAGUAUCUAUUAGUUUUUUAGUCUUUUCAGAACCCUUCUUAACAUGUAUCACGACUAGAGCUAGGCAGCACAACUCUUCUUGGACAGAUUUUCAAAAUGAACAAUCGUGAAAAGUUGACAUUUUUGCAUAUGAAGUUUUACUGCCUCGAACAUAGUUGUAGCGAGAUAGUUUUGUAUAGAGAAUGAAUCGUCCCUUGAAGCAAGCUGUAAAUGUUGUGAUGAUAAUUAAGUAGCGACAAUGGCCAUGGCACUAGGUAGAAUCAACUAACUCACAACAAGAGCGAUAAAUCAACAAUCAGAUGAUAAUUACGAGUCAUCAACAUGCGACGGAGGUUUCAAUUAGCAUGAGUAACAGACAACUUACUUACCUGUUUCCGUUUCAGUCUUCCUAUUUCAGAUGGUGCAGUCAAUGUCUUAUAUUUUUUGAUGAGCAGGUAGCACUUCUGUUAUUGUUGAGGGGUUGUGGUAUCUCCAAGAGAUUGAUAUUUUAUCAAAAUCACGAACCCAAAGUAUGUCUAGUGUUGUCAUCAUCGCUAUUCUACCACGUCGAUCAAGCACUCAAUUACAGUUCAUGACCAGUCAACUUUUUGAUUUUGUUAUCUUGCUGCCCGUCUCGGUCUCCAGUAUUGUAGUCCAUGUAUGUUUUUGAAACUAAAGGCCGGCAUAAGUAAUUGAAUAGAAAGUCAGACAUUCAUAGGCUAUGCUUUGUCCUUAAUCAGUCAAAAAUCUAGUCUCUCAACAUUUAUAGAGUCAGAAUAUGUACCAACAACAGUACUCGCUGGUUUAUGUACCAUGCACGUCCACGACGGCUAGAACAAUUCUCAUCGAGAACCGAAAAGUAAUAUUUUCUUUCAUCUAUUGGACAUAUUUGCACUCCUUCGCUUCGGAAAAAAGUAUUAUUAACUGAAUAAUAUUAAGAGAGCCGCCAAAGGGGGGCGCAGCUAAGCAACGCAGAAAACAGAGACCUCGGGGCACAAGUAGCAAGGCAGAAGCCUGAGUCUCGUCGUUCACCAUCAGGAACAACAGGAACAAUCGACAGACCAAUAACAAUCCAACAACAAGCUAGACUAGCGGGUAGCACUCGUCUGGGAAAUCUUAGGCAGCUCGCCGAAUAGAUUCAAUUCAUCAAGAGAGCCGCCAAAGACCAAAGAAAUGCGGAAGAUCGAUGUCAAUGUCUCUGAUCGUGAGCAUUUUCAUGGUCGUUCGACUAGUAGCACUUCUCUGGUUGGAGAUACUAACAAAUAUUUUUUGCGGAGAGCCACGCGAGCAUCUUCAAUCAUGCAUGUUUUGACAUGAAAGCAGGGGUCAUGGGCGGUUUUGGUUCAAUCACGUCAGCAAAAUACUACGAGUUUCAGAAAAACUUUUACUGAGCUCUACGAGCCACUCGCAGGAGGGAGAAUGGUGGCGCCGUAAUCACUUCAUUUGAAAGUGCAUGAGCAUUUUCCCGUCUAGGAAAGUUUCGUAGUAGAGGCAGUGAGAGACAGGACGAGCGAAGAAAACGAUCAGUGAGUCGUUGAAGCCUACAACUUUGUCUCGACGUUGAGUCCUCUUUGUACAGGACAAGUUUAUGGUAUCCAAGUGAACAACGUGCUGUGCAUUGAAGGUCUCGCGAAGUCUCGUUUCUGUUCAAAAUCUGAGUACACUUCUCUGAUCUUUGUUUUGAUAAUGACAGCACUUGUUCUCUGAGGACUCUUCAGUUAUUAGACAGUGCAUCUUCACAGUUGAAUGAGACACGUGUUCUACGUGUUGAAUUAAUCAGCUCGUCCUUCGUUUAGUCUCUAACCUUUCUCUGACUACUGGCUGGCGAGUGGAUGGAGGGAUAAGUCCGACGAUGAU